AUGUUACGUCAACCCGUCCGCGUGCUGCUGCCGGCUGUUUCCUCGCGCUACAUCCAUCCAUCAAUCAACUACUCGAGCAGCCGAAAAGAGAGCGACCCAAGCAGAGACGCAUCUGAUAGAAGGAUGAGUGAUUACCCUCCCCCGUACGGUCCUCACACCCACGCCUACCCUCCAGCUCUCGACCCUCAGCCCCCAGCAUUCCCCGGCUCCUCCUACCAGACCUUCCCUCAGAACUACACAGGAGGAGCAGGCGGCUAUCCAUCUGGGCCCCAAGGGGCCUACAUGAACCAGCCAGGAUACCAGGGCUACCAGAGCGGGCCCCACGGACACUACGGAGAGCAGGCUAGACCCAACACCACAGUGGUCGUGGUCGAGCAGCAGCGGCCCCGUGAAGAGGAGAGCGGCGCUGAGGAGGGCUUCCUGGCGGGGUGUUACGCUGCUCUGUGCUGCUGCUGCCUCAUGGACAUGCUGAGCGACGACCACUCUAGCUGUGAUGACUUUUAAUGAGCGAUGACCACUCCCACUGUGACGACUAUCACUGAGCGAUGACCACUCCCACUGUGACGACUAUCACUGAGCGAUGACCACUCCCACUAUGCCGACCACUCAGUGACAACUACUCCCACUGUGACGACCACUCCCACUGUGACGACCACUCAGACCGUGACGACCAGUCCCACUGUGACGACCACACCCACUGUGACGACCACACCCACUGUGACGACCACACCCACUGUGACGACCACUCAGACCGUGACGACCUCACCCACUGUGACAUCCACUCCCACUUUGACGACCACUCUGACUGCUAAAACAAAUAAGAAAUGAUUUUUAAAAAGUGUAAAAAAAAAUGUUUUGAUUUAGUAUAAGAAGGUUUUUAGUCUUCACCUUUUGAAGGACGGGUUUUCUGAUUGGACAAAGAACUCUGAUUAAUAUGUGGUAGUUAUUUCUUGUUUCUGUGGUUGUUUAAUCGAGCGCUGUAAUUAAAACAAAGUUCAGAUCAGAAGGCUGAGUUCUUCAUCCAUCUGUUCAUGAACUUCUUCAUUAAA